AAAAAAAAUACCCAAAACCUCUGUCUUCUGGUUCUUCCCUGAAGUUUCAACUAUUAACGCUACACACGCUACUGUCUGUAUACGCGGUGGUUGUGACUCAGGCAGGCCUCAGUUGAUAUUCUGAAAGGAAAUUGUGCAAGUUAAAUACCCUUCUCUUGACAUGGGCAACACGUUGAAUAUUACAGAGCCUCAAAUAGGCAUCUACAUUGCACAACGACCUGUGUACCAGCAUGUUGAAAAUUCUCACGUGAUCAAUAUGGUAGAAAAUUGUACCAACUCUGAUGAAGAAGGAGGCUUCAAAUGGUUCCUGGAUAAGAUAAAAAUGAUAAUUACCUAUGGAAAAUUGCUCAAGGACUUCUACGAAUUGUGCAGCUUCAUACUUGGCCUGUUAGCCUAAAAACAAGAACCACAGGACAAAAAAGGAAAGAGGAGAGGAUGACAUCACAGAGAUCAUGGACCAAUGCAGCCAUCUUUCAGUUCUUCAACUUUCUAUGGACGAGACAGACUCCCAAGCUGAGCCCAAAGCCCGACAUGACGGCCUCCCAGACUCUGGGUGGAGGACAUCACAGAGAUCUGGUAUUGACGGAUCAUCAUCCCGCUCUCCGACUUACGACGGAGCCCACCCCCACCCGCCUCUCAGACUCCAACCGGAGGCCGGAGCCGACGAGACGGCCUCCCAAGUGGACCCGGGACCCCGACAGGUCGGCCUGGCAAACUUUGGGAGGGGGACGUCACAGAGAUCUGGUAUUGACGGGGUCAUCAUCCCGCUCUUCGACUUACGACGGAGCCCACCCCCACCCGCCUCUCAGACUCCAACCGGAGGCCGGAGCCGGCGAGACGGCCUCCCAAGUGGACCCGGGACCCCGACAGGCCGGCCUGGCAAACUUUGGGAGGGGGACGUCACAGAGAUCUGGUAUUGACGGAUCAUCAUCCCGCUCUCCGACUUACGACGGAGCCCACCCCCACCCGCCUCUCAGACUCCAACCGGAGGCCGGAGCCGACGAGACGGCCUCCCAAGUGGACCCGGGACCCCGACAGGUCGGCCUGGCAAACUUUGGGAGGGGGACGUCACAGAGAUCUGGUAUUGACGGGGUCAUCAUCCCGCUCUCCGACUUACGACGGAGCCCACCCCCACCCGCCUCUCAGACUCCAACCGGAGGCCGGAGCCGACGAGACGGCCUCCCAAGUGGACCCGGGACCCCGACAGGUCGGCCUGGCAAACUUUGGGAGGGGGACGUCACAGAGAUCUGGUAUUGACGGGGUCAUCAUCCCGCUCUCCGACUUACGACGGAGCCCACCCCCACCCGCCUCUCAGACUCCAACCGGAGGCCGGAGCCGACGAGACGGCCUCCCAAGUGGACCCGGGACCCCGACAGGUCGGCCUGGCAAGCUUUGGGAGGGGGACGUCACAGAGAUCUGGUAUUGACGGGGUCAUCAUCCCGCUCUUCGACUUACGACGGAGCCCACCCCCACCCGCCUCUCAGACUCCAACCGGAGGCCGGAGCCGACGAGACGGCCUCCCAAGUCGACCCGGGACCCCGACAGGUCGGCCUGGCAAACUUUGGGAGGGGGACGUCACAGAGAUCCCAGACUAAUGGAAUCACCUUCUGGUUCUUCAGUGUACUAUAAACUUUCUUGUGUAAUUUCAUGAUCUCAAUAAAUCAUUAUUCAUAUGAAGCCAUGUGCAAUUUUUUUCUGCCAGUCUGUAUCUUUUCUAAACCAUGUUGUCCUAAACAGCAAAACUUCAAAUAAUGACGUAAACAUGUCUCUGGUCUCCAUGGUGGGAGUUGUGGUUAAUAUCUUUUCAGUUAACGUUUACAUACGUCUUAAUAUAGCAGCUUAAUGAUAUUCACGUUUUAUGUUAACUAACAAACAAACAUACAAACAAAAAAUUUAUUUAUGCUUAUAAAACAAAGAUUUUUUUAACCAUACUCACACCCACAAAAUACAACACUAAGUGUAAUCUGAAGCGGAAGUAACCAGAAGCUGGAAGUAUAUUAUAGAAAAAUAUGGAAAGUGUUUAAAUGCUUAUUUUCUAAAGGUACAGUGUGAAUCCCACAAGUAAAUAAGAGAAACAUAAAAACAAUACUUUGGAGUAUGAUUCUAGGAACCGGCAUAGAUUACAAAUACAUAUGACUGGUUUCUGAAUUUUUGUACACCCCCUAGUGAGUAUGUAUAUUUGUUUGAUAACAGGUCUAUUCACUGUGUAAGCAGGCAGGGCGUUGCUUGUCUUUCCUAUUAAAGUUAAAAUGUCUAAAACAGACGUAAAGAGCGGCCGUUCCCGUGGCGCAUCUGGUUUAUCCCCAGUAAGGUUUUUGCCCGGACGAUCGGGGUUCGAAUCCCCACCUGUGUGAAGGUUGGACUCCAGCCUUUGAAACCUCUACCAGCGUCCAUGUUCUCGUCUCCCCUAUGAACACCCUGAAUGGUAUCGUCUGACUUCUAGCAACACUGCGCCUGCGCACCACAAAGCCUCUCCUGACUGACGCUGCACUCUAACACACAAGACAGACUGGAGAAUGUCGGCGGCGUACAGAGAGAGACCCAACACAUCGAAUGCAGAGAUAAGUGAAAUAAAGCAACUUUAAAUCAA